GGAAGCUAAAGGGUGUUUCCGGCAAAAAACAAUCUAAAGAUGCCGCCGAAAGCAGCUUCGUCGGUGCCGCGGUGUCGGCGGAGCAGAGCGACCGCCAGAAAAUCCACUCUGGAAGUAACUUCUUCUCCGCCUCCUUCCUCCGAUUCUCCACUGGAAACUAUAAUCACUCAACAACCCCAAGUUCCAGAAACAACCACGCCCCCCAAAACAGUGGAAAUUGAAGCUGCUCUUGGGGACCACAAACUGACCGCUAAGAAAAAAGUGGUGAAAAGGAUUGUUAAGAAAAUAGUCAAGAAGAAAGUCCCCAAAUACAAGACCGAGGAAUCAGACACACAAACUGUAUUGGAUUCAUUCGACGUUGAAAAAACAACUAGCUCUCUUCAACCAGGAACUGAAUAUUUAGAGCCUAGCAGUGCUCCUACAGUUGCUCACUUGGAGAAAGCCAAUUUUCAACCAAUACAACCUGCUAUUGCUGCUGAGGUUAUGUUAGUAAACGAUGGAACCAACGACUCUGAGGUUAGUGUAGCUAAAGAUAAAUUAGAGCUUCCAAUUUCCCAAUGUAACGCUGCAAAAGGUGAUCGUCGUUCAGUAAAGAUUGUCAAGAAGAUUCUGAAGAAGAAAGUGCCCAAAUUGGUUGCCAACAACAGUGGAAAGACCGAGGAAUCAGAAAAAGUCAGGGGAAAUGCUGACACAGACGGCGUGGAAAAAGCUAGCUUUCGCUGCACAAUUGAACCAGAAACUGAAUAUUUAGAUCCUAGUGUUUCUGCUGCAGUUGGUGAGGUUGGCGACUCGGAGAAAGGCAGUUCUCAUCCAAUAAAAGUUGAGAAAGGUACUAUUGCAGCUGAGGGUAUCUUAGGAGUUGAUGGAAUGAAGGAUUGUGAGGAUAGUGUAACUAAAGAUAAAUUAGAGCUUCCCAUUUCAGAAUGUAAAGAUGCAAUAGGUUCCCUUGAGACAGAAAACGUAGUUCUUGAUUCAGAAAAAGGUAAUCGUCGUUCAGUAAGGAUUGUGAAGAAGAUUGUGAAGAAGAAAGUGCCCAAACUUGUUGCCAGGAAAAGUGGUAAGAAGGAAGAAUUGGUGAAAGGCAGCAAAAAUGGAGACGCAGAAACUAUUUUGGAUUCAGCAGGUGUGGGAAAAUUUAAACCUAGUCCUCCAGAAACUGAAAACCUAGAGUCUUGUAUGGCUGUUUCAGCUGAAGGUGAGGAGUCAAAGAAACUCAGUUUACCUCCUAUGGAAGUUGAGAAUGCUACUACUGUUAGUGAGUUUGGUGCAACUGAAAAUACAUUAGAGCCUUCCAUUUUGGAAUGCGGUGAUACUAAUAUUGUUGAGAAUGAUAAUAUGGAUUCUCUUGAAACACAAACUGUAGUUCUUGAUUCAGAAAAAGGUAGUCUUGAUGUUUCUACCAGUGAUAAUGUGGACUCGAGUAAGGAUCAAAAUUUGGGUCAGUUGGGAGAGGAAGGGUACAGUCAAAGCAUAGAGGAAACAAAGGAAGCCGUGGAUACUAGUAUGAGGUUGAAUGAAGGAAUUGUAUUGAGUGGGGAAAUGGAGGCAUUAGAGCGGAAAAAGAGGCGGAGGACUGAGAUUUUCAUUGGGGGAUUAGACAAGGAGACAAAGGAGGGUGAUAUCAGGAGAAUCUUUGGUGAGGUUGGUGAGGUUGUGGAUGUAAGAUUGUUGAUAAAUCGUGAAACAGGAAAGAACAAGGGGUUUGCUUUCCUGCGGUAUGCUUCUGCCACUGAUGCAAAGAAGGCUGUAGAAAGAUAUGCCAAAGUUGAGAUAUCUGGGAAGCAAUGUCGUGUAUCCCUUGUUGAGGGUAAUGACACAAUAUAUCUUGGUAAUAUUGACAAGAAAUGGAAGACUGAAGAUGUGAUUGAUCUACUGAAGAAGGCUGGAAUUGAAAAUAUCGAUAAGGUCACAGUUAUGGCUAAUCCUAAUAACAUCGAUCAGAAUCGAGGGUUUGCAUUUGUUGAACUUGAAACAAGUAAAGAAGCUCAAAUUGCUUUCAGUAAACUCCAAAAGAAGGAUGCUUUUGGGAAACACACAAAGGUAAAAGUUGCAUGGGCGCAGCCUUUAACUGAGCCAGAUGAAGAAGAAAUGCUAAAGGUUAAAUCAGUUUAUGCUGAAUAUUUACCUUCCUCGUGGAAUGAAGAAAAAGUGCGAGACUACUUUGGCAAAUUUGGUGAAAUUGAGAAUAUUGUUCUUGCAAAAGAUCUUCCUUCCUCAAGGAGAAAAGAUUUUGCCUUUGUCAAUUAUAUAAGCCGCGAGUCCGCUCUUGCGUGCAUUGAGGCAUUCAGUCAUGAGCCAUCCAAUGAUGGUGGAUCCAAGGUAAACAUGAAGGUAUCUCUUGCUAAACCCGUGCCGAAGAGUAAGCAAACUAAACGUGCAACCCUUCCUGCUAGAAGGGAACCUCGUGAGGAGAAGAAAAUACAGGACCACUCCUUCUUGAAGAGGCAUGGACCCAGCCAAAAGGUAAAUUACAUGAGAAGAUAUGACGAGGGUCAUAGAGUCGAUCCUCAGGUAAAUUACAUGAGAAGAUAUGAUGAGGGUCAUAGAGUCGAUGGAGGAUCUUCUACAACCAAUGAACUUCUGCACCUCUUGAGACAACAAGUGCCAGCUGGUCAGUUCCAUUCCGGUUUGAACAUGGGCUCAGGUAUUGACCGUCAGUACUCGUUAUCUGGAAGCAAGCGGCCAUUUUCAGCUGUAGUAGAUCAUCCACAUCGUAUUGAUUCCCCUGGAGUUUCUAGAGUGCGGUUAGAAAGCUCUUUCCCUACUGCAAACCAAAGUAUGUUGUCACAUAGUCGUGGACCUCUUGGUACACCAUCUUUUGCCUAUUAUAGCCAGCUAGGCAGUGGCCGUUCACCAGGUUCAGUUUAUGGGGUUGAACGCUUUCCGAAUUCUUUUCAGUCUCAGGACCGCGGCCCUCAUGGUGUAUAUCGUAACAUGCACCGCAGAUGAUCGAAAGGAGUGAUUUGGGAAUGCUGCUGAGCUGAUGUUUCUUACAAGAAUUGUUAUACCGACAAAUUUGGAAUCCAUUUGAGAGUUUUGAAAUGUAAAGCUAACAUAUGAAUAAUCUUGUUAAGUUCUUCGCAAGUUCAUAGGAAUGUCGAGUGAACUCAUGCUAAGGGUUUUUGCACUUCAUCAUUACAUAUUUGGCUAACCACCCCGGCCCUUCCUGUAUUCUUUGCAAAUUUUGGCUAUUUGUCUCCUAUCAAAUAUUAUCUAUUGUCGUGAA